AUGUCCUACGAACUGAUGGAAAUUUACAAUUUCGAAAUCAUUCAAAUCCUUUUGCUCACAGCGGUGUAUCUUCAACAUGAUAAAAUGCCCCAAAAGUCCUUCCGAAGCAUUGGCACAGCGAUUCAUAUCGCACAGGAUCUAGGGCUGCAUUUACCUGCCACGAUCAAAUCUAUCAAUGACCCACGUGAGCGGGACUUUGCGUGUCGGGUUUGGAAUGGAUGCAUUAUAAUGGACAGGAUUGCUUCUAUGACAUUUGGUUGCGCACUCAAAGUUCCCCAAUGUGUUGCAAAACAAGGAUUGGAUACUUUGACGCAACACUCAAUGGAGGUCACCAGGGGGCCUGGGAACAUGGCUCUACCCUCGAAGGUGGAUUUUUACAUAUCAUUCUGUCGACUACACCACAUCAUCGCGGACGUGUUAGAAACCUUCUAUAACUCCAGUGAUUCCAAAGCCGACCCCGAUCCAAGCCGAAAUUUCACUGAUGCGAAGUUGAGCCCGCCAUUAUCCUUCGAUAAAUUCGCGAGCUUGUUUAGAAUCGAGUCGGAGCUGUGCAAUUGGACCAAAGCCCUUCACUCUUAUUUUCGAAUGCCAUCAGAUCUUGAAGAUCCGACGCCGACAAAGUAUAUCACACGCGAAGCAAAUGUCUUACGCGCCCGAUAUCUUUCUGUCCGGCUUCUCCUUUUUAGGCCGUUCCUUUCACAGGUGCAUCGUCGAAAGGCAGACAAUGCCGCUGGCGUCAAUUUGUACUCGGAAGAGCAAACUAUUGGAUAUAUGGUAUCUCAGUGCCAGAUCCAGUGUGUCAAAGCUGCUGAAGAUAUGAUACACUUUAUCUUCAGGAAUUUACCAGAGCAGACACAAGCGUAUAUACUACCAUCCAAUUGGUACACUGUCUCAUAUACCUACAUGGCAGUAACUAUUCUGCUUGCAGCUCAAAUGUCACCGGAAAUAGCGGCGCACUUUUCUCUGGCUCGUUUGAAGAACCUUUUGCAACAAGCUCGUGAGAUUCUCGAAAAUUAUGAAAAGUAUCCUACACUGGCUUCCAGGUGCAGUUCUGUUCUCAAAUUGAUCCAAGAAAACAUUGACAUGCACGGCUCUGGAACAGACUAUGCAGCCGGGGAAGGCCCGCAAGAUGAAGCCAACCAUGACAGCACAGUGAUUCAAGGUGCGAUCGUGGAAGGACAAGAGUCUCAAAAUAACCUAGAAAACUUGGCCUGGCUUGAGAAUUAUGCUUUUGAUUGGAAUGAUUGGCCUUUGUUUUUUGCCCAGCUGGAUGACGAAACCAGCCCAGCUGAAAGAUGGGGAAUGCAAGCAUAG